UCGUCUUCUUUACUUGGUGCAUAUCGAACUCAGUCUCCGUCUUUAUGCUGUGUUUAUCCUCUCAGCUUUUUCGUGAUAGCAGAAAGGCGAAGGAAACGAUAUAUAAUCUACGGCGCCGAUCGAGAAUUUAACCCAAAAAGAAGGAUGUGCUUGUAAUAAAAUCUGAGAUUUUAAGGAAUAAACAACAAAAUCUACUCAUGUAGAUGUUGUGUUUAAGGAUCUUCAUUAUAUUCUAAGAUGCAUCAUGUGAAAAAGCUUGGCUUGAAAUGCAAUAAUAUUAUCGGUAAACUAUUCUCUGUUAUUUAGAAUAAGACAGAUGCUUGCUGGUGGAGCUCAUCCUGCUCUCUCCAUUGACGAAAGAUUGGUCAGCCUCGGUAGUACUCCAAUUGAUCAAGAGUGUUGUGUAUUUAAAGUGCACCACCGUUUACGCCAGAUAAAUGUUGCGGCAUAUGAACCUGAUUUGCUUGCCAUCGGUCCUUAUCACCAUGGAAAGGAUCACCUUAGUUUUAUGGAAAAGCACAAAUUGAGAUUUCUCCAACGAAUGCUUAAAAGAAGGGAUGAGAAUAGUGCAGAAAGAUACAUCACCGCCAUGAUUGAAAAGGAAGAAACAGCUCGUAGAUUCUAUGCAGAUCAGUUUCCUGAAUUAUCCAAAGAAAAGUUUGUAGAAAUGAUGCUACUUGAUGGGUGUUUCAUCAUUGAGUUGUUCCGCAUCCAUCGUGAUGCAAUCUUCCAUGUUUUGGAACUUGACCAAAUCUCCCAAUCAGUUGAAAAUGAACCAAUCUUCCAAACAAAUUGGAUGAUUAAUGGCAUAAUGCGUGAUCUACUGUUAUUUGAAAAUCAAUUGCCAUUCUUCAUUCUUACUGAAUUGUUCGAGAUGAGCGAGGGUUGCAACCAGCAAUAUGAUUAUGUGAGGGAGAGGGUCCCAACUCGACUUCUUGAUCGUGCCCUGGCUUUCUUUUGUUUAACUUUGGAACUAUCAUGUGAAUUGAAAGUCAAUGGAUCAAGUUAUGUUUCAGACGCCAAUAUUAAGCAUCUACUUGGUCUGAUACAUAAAGCUAUGAGUCCUUUACCUAAGGUCAAAAAGUCUCAAAGGGGAAUGAAAUUCGAAGAGACACAUAAAUCAAAGGAUCUAGUUGGUCCAAAUGAGAAUGAAGACUGGAUGUCAGUACCUUAUGCCACAGACCUUCAAGAUGUUGGAGCCAAAAUCGAGCAAGCAAUGAAAUUUAAGGAUAGGCUAUUUGGUGAGCUUAAGAAGGAAGAGUGGAAGCCAAUACCAAAUGUUAUAGAGCUUCAAGAGGCUGGAGUCAAAUUCAACAAGGCAGAGACAGGUAACUUGUUUCACAUAAAGUUCAACAAUGGUAUAAUGGAAAUUCCGCCUUUGAAUAUUUUAGAUAACACGGAGUCAGUCUUCCGAAAUCUAAUUGCCUAUGAGCAACAUAGCCAACAGAGUAAUCUCAAUUAUGUUACCGACUUUGCAACCCUCAUGGAUUAUCUGAUUAACACUCCAAAGGAUGUCGAAUUACUUCGUCGAAACGGAAUAAUUAAUAGUUGGAUGGGUGAUGAUGAAGUUGUUUCCAACAUGUUCAACAAAAUUUGUUGCUACACCCAUUUUAGCAGGGACUUCUAUUAUGCUGACAUUAUCAAGCAAGUGAACAAGCAUUGUCACAGACGCUGGAAUGUAAGGAUGGCAAAAUUAAGACGUGAUUAUUUCAACAGCCCUUGGGCAUUGCUUUCAGUUCUAGCAGCUAUCUUAUUGCUUCUACUAGCAAUUGCACAAACCGUAUUUUCCAUUCUUUCUUAUGUUUUCAACUGAGUCAUGGCUCCUCAGGAAAUAUUUUCUCUUUCGCUUCCAAAAUCAUUUUAUGUUGAAUAUUGGAAAGAUUAAUUGGGGCUGCAUUUCUGCUUACUUUUUCGAUUUUAAUUUCCCGGAUUUAACUCUCUCAUGUGCAUCUAUUUGAAUAUUGCAGCUUCUGAUGUUUAUCCAUUUGGCUUCCUCA